AUGUCGUCGAGUUACCCUCCUACCCCUUCUUUUGGCGGUCGCUAUAGCCCGUCUCAGCAGUUGCCUCCAUAUCCUACCUCUACAACACCAGGUGGUGCUCCUGAUGCCUAUCACCCUCAAAACCCGAUCCGUCCACCACCCCCAACCUACGCGACCACCAAUCCAAGUUUUAAGCCAAGCACUCAGAUUCCAGGUCUUUCGGGUAACAAUAACGCAUCCAUACCUUUGACGCCAUCUUUUCACUUCAUGCCACCUUUUCAACAAUCCUUCCAGCCAGAUCCAUAUGCGCCUGCUUUUGCUACUCCCAUGGGCUUUCCCCAGCAGCCUACCACCCCUCAUCCUCCACAGAAUGGCUUAACUGAAAACGUAUCUCCAAUCCGCACGGGUGCUACAAUGAAAGAAUAUGGUAAGACUGCAGCCUUGGACCCCAUGGACUCGCCGCAAUACGUGAAUUUAGGUGGCAAAGAAGAAGGUGGGCUAAGCAACGGAGACACGGAAGAAGAAGAGUCAUCUGGGCCGGAUGGCAAUCCCCUGAGGGGCCUCAAAUUUCAGGUGAAAGCAAGAAGACAUCAGUUCCCUCAGACAAAUAAUAUUACCUCUGGGUCCUCUCGUGAAGAUAUGAAAGCGACCGAUUUAGCUGCCGAUAUCUCUGCUGGAGGAAGUGUUCAGGAUAAAUUAGCCUCCCGGGACCCCCGCAGCCUACCGAUGGUAAAAGCGGGAGGUUCUCGUGAAUCUUUACCUGUAUCCUCUAUCCAGUCAGUAGCUUCCCAUGAUGAAAUGGACAUUACUACUAAUGGAAGCGGGACAUACCCGUUUUAUGGAAAGUCGCCAGCACAACUACGAGUUCAGGCACAGGGGGCCUUGUUAGGGUUAGCUCCCCACAAUAUCAAAUUUGACGAACUUGUAAAUGAAGGCAUCGAUCCAGUCAUUCUCAAGCGACUCUACGAUGAUAUUGGGCUUAAAGUUAUCUCCACUCAAGACAAAAAGCAAGCCGACACUAGUCAGUCAAAGGAGAUGAUGACUACGUCAAUCGCUAGGUCGCAAGUCCCUCUCAAAUCUGAAGCUGAAAGUGUCACGACACCUGUCUCGCAUGCGGCCCCCGGUGCAGUCGCCAAAAGCCCAGUCUGUGAAAGUGUUCGAGAUAAACCCCAACUAUCGAACUCUCAGUUGACACAAGGGACAUCAAUCGCGCUCGCUGCAGAAUCAAGCAAGCCUAUGGAACGAAAGGAUAUAAUUGCCCGAAUGCUUGCAAGUAAAGCAGGGAAACCAGCGAGUACGACAGACUCUACAAAAUCCGAGGCUGCAAAGAAAUUGAUGCCGCUAGAAAAUCUGCCCUUAGCCGAUCCAAAUGAUACCUCUGCGCCAGCAAAAGUUGGGGCCCCUCCGUCGCCAAAGCAUAUUGCUAGUGAGACUCGGGCAAAAGAGAAGAACAAAGCACAGACGGAAUUGGCGAGGCAGCGAAUGCAACAAUUGAAACAGCAAGGACUUGGAAGAAACCAGACCCAGUCAGCUAGCGAAGCUCCGAUUGUUGACCAACAACUUCCACUCAGUAGCAGCUUGGUUCGGAGUUCGCAAAAUUCAACGCCUCCAUCCCAGCCAUCCAAGCCUCCAUUAUCCUUGAACCAUCCGUUACCUAGUCGCCCUCCUGUACCUAAUCCAUCGUCGACCGCACGUAUACCUGGAUUGUUCAUGACUAGUUCUGAGCCACUCAGAGUUCAGGAUCUCUCGGUCGGCAAUAAGAACUCGGUCCCAUCAACCGAGCCACCGUCGACAAAAAUCCGGGCACCCCGAAAACGUCCAAGGGCUUCCGAUUUUACUGAUGAGCCGGACCUUGCACCACGAAAAACGCCAGAAAAGAGGGUGGCGAGCACCCAACACAAGGUGAUUAUUGACAUAAGUGAAGAUGAAUUCAUGUAUGGUUCGGAUGAUGAAGCUUCUGAACCUAAACGCCGCGCGCCUGAACCUCCCGUUGUUAGAUCGGGUAUGAAUUCGAUUUCGAAUCAACUACUAAAUCGGGAUAUACCUCCCCUAUCCGACUUCCCUUCAAGAAACCACUCUCGCCGUUCCACUCCGCCAGUAUUCACAGCGCAGUUACGUAACCGAGGAAAGGAUCCAGACGAUCUGAACGCAGAACUCAAGGCCAUGCGCCAGAGAAUAGCAGAUCAGUCCGUUUUGUCGCAAAACUCUAUUGAACCCAUGCAGAGUGAAUCUAUACGGAAAAAGCUCAUGCGAAAAAAGGAAAUAGAAGCCGGGCUUCCUGAACUUGAGGCAGAGUUACAAAAAUCUGAAGCACGGUUGCGGCAGUUUCGUGAGGAGGAACAAAGGCUGCUGGCCCAAAUCGAGAAAGGAAAGGAGGGAAAACGUCUUCUCGUUGAAGAACUAGAAGCCCUUGGAUUCAAAACAGCUGGGCAAUCUAUCGAGGAACCCCAAGUCACGAAGAAUCUCCUAGAAAACACAGUUGAAGAUAUACAUGAUGAUAAAGCUCUGCCACAAUCAACUCCGCAGAAAAUUCCUGCGGAUAGCAUAUUAAACGCUCAAGAGUCAACACACCGCGGAAUAGCUCGGGACAGUGGCUCUGCGCCAUCUUUACAGCCCUCGACUAAGGAGCAGACAGUUUCCCAGUGUUUUGAAACCGUCCCAAAGACUUCCCAAGAAGCGAUAGAUAUGAGAAUGUCUCCCCCCAAAGAAACUGACGUUCAUUCAACGGCUGACAUGGCAGAAGACGGAACGACAUGCUCUAGUUCCGCCAUGGAUGAGUCGAUGGGAAGUACACAAGAUAUGUUAGAAGUAGAAAAGACACAAGAAGAGCCCCAGGCACUGGAAGAGAAAGGCCAAUCGCGUUCCGGAGCAAAUGCACAUUCCAGUUUUACUGAUUUGGAUGUGCGACUAUGUGAAUCUAGCAUGUCUCCUCGACCUUUACACAUUGGUUUGGAGUACGGCCAAUCGGGCCAUUCCCUGGCUAAACCUGAUAACUCUGAAGAGUCCAUGAGUUAUAGGGAAUCUUCAGCUGAAUCGGAUAGAUAUGAACCACCUGAGCCGGAUCCUCGCACAGCACACACCGACCACAUUCAGACUUCACCCUUUAACUUGAUUUUGCCGGAUGAAGUAGAGCAUGUAGCUGCCGAAUCAUCGUCUAUUUCCCAAGAUGUUAACGCACUAACUUUAGCUGCUCAGGACUCUGUGACUGACCCAAACUCAGAUUCUCUCAAGGUCAAAGAGGGCACAGAGGGCGCAGAGGGCGAAGAGGGUGCCCGUCGCUAUUUUACCCCUUACAGUAGUCCGCUAAAGUUAUUUAAGGCUUACCGAUAUCAUCCCUGCUUCACUAAAGAUAUCAGUGGUGGUUAUCGCUCGUUGACUUACAGCCAUAAAAUCGACCCAUAUAAUUAUAUAUGUCUAUAUGAGGCUGCGGGCGGGUUCUGUAACGACCAUUCGUGUGAAUAUCAACACUUUCGAGAUAUGAUCUUGAGUGAUGACAAAAUACUUCGUGAGAUGGGUUCCUUAAGAGAGGGGAAGACUAUUGAAGAACAAGUGGAGUAUCUUGCCGGACUAAAACAGACCAUCAUCGAUAUGCGACGCGAUAAUGUGAAAGAUCUCAACACUGUUGCGACGGAAAUUGCCGGUUACCGUAGACGAUUUCUGCAUGACCCUUCCCGAGUUCUAGCCUUGUAG